CUGUCGGUGAAACUGUACAUAUUGUUAAGUACGAUCAAUUAGAGGAACAGCGUUUGGAGGCUGACGCCGAAGAAAACGGAGAAUUACCAGCAAGUCGAUAGAAAUAUACAUUACUCGCCUCCUCAGCCAUCUGCAGCAGCACAAUGAAUUCAUCGUUUGGUGAAAUAUUUAUGUUUCUAACCAACUUAGCUUGGAAAAGUCGUAUGACAAUUCCAGUUUUGGUGACAACAGCUUUUUUAAUUAUGGACAUAAGAUUGCAAAUUGAAAUUAACUUCCAGUCUGGUCAAGUGGCGGCUGCGGAAUUUGAUGCUGAUGACGAUGAUUAUUUGGAUGAUGAUGAUGACGAUGCAUACGAAGAGUACACAACAGACUCUGAUACGAAUGAUGACGAUGUUGAUAGCGACAAUUAGUUAUAUAUGGCUGCGCAUAACUUCCAAAAAUUAAUUUAUCUUUUUUGUGUUUCACAUAGCGUUAAUAAUACAAAAUACCUUUAUUUGUAGAUCAACUUUUUUUAUUUUAUAAAAUGUAAUAAAGGCGGGACUAAGCUUA